CAGGAGGACGCUUACUUUCUCGCUGUCAUUAAACGCAUAGAUUAAACCACCAUAAAAAUAAAGGAGAAGAAGAGAAAAACGCACAGAUUUGUCUCGGGUGAGGGACGGCGUCAGUAAUAUGUCGUCUUGGGCUAAAUCCUCUGCAGCUGCACGGCGGCCACAGGCGAACCCAAAUGGAAGUGCGCAGCAGCUGCGGUUGUUUCGGAGGGCAGCGCCGUACCCCAACAGAGAGGAGAGGACCGAGGAGCUUAAGGAUGCUCUGGACAGUUACGAAGAACUAGAGCAAAUGCAAAACUACAGUGGAAGCGUGAAGUAUGAGGGAUACAAGCAUCAACCAAAUGCCAAACAAGAGGGCACUCCAGCAGACAGACGUAAAGCCAUGUAUCAGAAGUUCUACAGACAGGUGCAGGAGGAGAGGAAGCCGGCUGACUGCGUGGUCCUCUCUGUAACCAACCAGUGCCUGGAUUACCCCAAAUCGCUAGGCCAGUGCUUGCAGGAGCGUGGCCUAUCAGUGGAAAUGCUCUACCUUCAGGCGGAGUCGGGCCUGACCCGGGCCCUGCAGGAUGUGCGAGCAGACGGCUCCCCGUUAUGUAUUCUGGUGGAGCACACAAACGUAGCUCUGUCCUCCUGCACUGUUAUCAUAUUCUCAGAAUCCCUCAAAAUUCAUCGCAACAUGCCCAAAGACCAGGCCAUGGACUUUGUUGCAGCCGAGUACAGUCGUGGACUCGUCAAAGAUCGCCCGGCAAGGGACCCCUCAGACAUUGCAGCGCAGGCGUCACAACUGCUGGAUGAUUUUCUGGAUCGGGAAAAGAUUGGGCGUUACAGUGUUCCCUCCGAAACCCGUCAGCUCCUUGUGCUAUUGACAGAAGGGGUCCAUCUUUACCCUGAGGAGCUGGAAACCAUCACAGAAUACGUCCGUUCCCGGCAGGUGCAUGCACAAGCCUCCAGCACUGAAGGGGAGAGGGGGAACAUGUUACCUCCAGGACUGGGGAAACCACCUCCUCUGCUCCCUACUCCACCUGGGCCCCCUCAACCUCAGUCUUCAACUGGGGGAGUUGGGCCCAUGGGGAACCACUCACCACCUCCACCAGUUCCUCUUUUGCCUUCACCAGGCUCCUAUCCAAAAACCAAACCUCCCCCACUGCUGUCCUUGCAUCGGCCUCCUUGUCCGUCACUAGGGCCCCAAUCUUCACGAGGCCCUCUUUCCUCACACAGCCUAUACAGUGCCCCUGGUUUGCCUCGUGGGCCCCUGCUCCACCCUCCAUACCAUCCAGGCUCCAGGGGCCCCCAUGGAGCUAGAGGAGCCCCUCCAUCUCUGAAGAGUUCUCGCCCUCCACUUUUAUCUGCGCCAGGUGGCCCUCUUCCACGACCGAGCGGCCCCCGACAUUAAGAAAAGACUUUGAGAUAUCCACACAAACACACACACAGCCUGCCAGUGCCAGCACUGUACUCUUGAUCAAAAGACUCCUGGCCCCUGCGUAGGACUCCUGUUUGGGAAAUUUCACCUUUUUUAAAUAAAGUAGUAAACCAUUUUAAAUUGGAUGGAAAGAUGGUUAAUGUCCAAUAUUAUUAUCUGAGGUUUAUUUGUGGGUGGAUUGAGAGAGAAUGGCGGAGUGUUCUAAUGACUGUUCAUGUGUCUUUUUUUUUUUAAGAUCCUUUUGUCAUCACGGUUAAUUUUCCCAGUGUAUAGUGCACUGGUCUUUUCCAGAAACAUCCCAUAAAAAUAAUAGUUUUGGUCUAGGUCACACAGACAAGCUAUACAGCAUAAAUACUUAACAUCUAAUUUGUUAAGCUGAAUGUGCAAAAAA